UCCCGUGACCCCUCCUGUGACGUCAAUCAGAAUUGCUGUUUUCCUAAAGAAAUUGUAUCAACAUCGAAAACUUUGGUUUCUAAUAGUAAAUGUCUAUAUCCGAUGAUAGGGCAAGUUGGAAGAUCAUUUCGACGGCUUUAUCAAUCUUACUGGGUUAUUAAUGAUGUCCGAAACUAUAAUGUUGGCACAGGACAUUCCAUUCUGCCAAAUUUGAAAUGUGGGGAUGAAAAGACUGAUCCAUGGGGCUCGUUUAUACCAGUAUUUUCAAAAUCAACAAGGAAAAUAUAUAACAACAGCGCAUGUGCAGAAGCUGAUAAUGUAACCGAUGGUGUAUUGUGGAAUUUUAUUAUAAAUUGUAAAUAUUUGCCCAACACAAUACACAUAAACGAUAUACCUCAAUAUAUUUCUAACUUACAUCAGAAUUCAUUUCCAAAAAUCUGCCAUUUGCAUUUUAAAUAUCCUGGAAAUAUCUUUGACCUUAAGUCUGAAAGGUGCUAUACAAACUUGAUCAGCACUUGCGCAAAUGAAAAGUUCGCUAUACCCGGAAACAUAAAUCUUACAAUGUCACAAAUCAGGCAGGCUUGCACAAGUGGACUUGUUUCACCUUAUCGAGCGACAGAUAUGUAUGCAAAUGUGUUUUGUCAUAUUUGCAAUGGCAACAGAUACUCAGAGAGGGACAAAUGCUAUAUUGAUGCUGACGGGACUCGAAGAUUUAGCGGGUUUUUUAUGCACUUUCAUGUAGAUGGAAUAUUCCUUUCAGAAACAUUCCGCAGACUUAAAGAAAUGAAGACAGUUCCACCUCCAUGCCCUGAAAAUUAUGUAUUUGAUAGGAUGAAUGAAACCUGCAGACACGUUUAUUGUCCGUCUGGUCAACUACGGGAUAAGAAUAAUAAAUGUGUGUUUUGGGUGAAGAAAAUAUUCAUGAACAAACUAGAUAUCAACAUUAUGCUGACAGCUGAUACCGUGUUUGACAUUAGAGAGACAUUUACUAGUAACAACUUUAGUUUGAGUCACGAAUGGCCGCCGCGUCUCUGGAUAAUCAAAUCAGUCUCUAAAAGAAUCCUUAAUACACACAUGCACAGGAAUCUCUAUAUUAAAAUGAUUAAUCUUUUCCCAAAAGCGUACACAUGGAAGCUUCUAAAAAGCAUUUGGAAGUUAUUAAAACUACCUUGGACGUUGACGUUGAGUAAUGGAACAUUAAUUUCCAUGUCUGCUGAACUUGGAUUUGACACAAAGCUCUUCUCCAAUGAUGACUCAAUACAAACUCUAAAUAAAGACGAAAUAAACAGAAUGACAUUUGAUCUCCCGCAAUUCAGCGAUUUACAUGAUGAGAAAUUCAUCCGGUUUUUUACGAGUUCUUUUGUUGUCACGAAGAUGUAUUUCUGCGAGCAGAUCGAAUUAAACCCAUCCGAGUACGAGUUAUGGGACAAACGUGUCUUGUACAAUAAGAUUACAAAUCAGCCACUGUUUAAUGGUGAAUUUGCAAUAACUACGGCGCCGCAUUUCGAAGGGAAGAUGAGAGCGAGAGUCUGUUUGGAGGAUUCGGGAUUGAUGGAAUCAGAUGUUAUUAAACGUGUCGUUAAAUCUGGCUCAGCCAGAGUUGCUUUCUUUUACUCGUUUUCAGCUGUCAUUUGGUUGUCUCUUGUCGCAACAUGCUUGUAAUUAUGAACUUCAAAAUAACUUUAGCUUUACGUACAGUAAAUCCGACAUAAUUAAAAUUUGACUCACUAAAUUACAUUAAGUCGUAAAUUUGAGAAGAAAAUGAAUGACAGAAACUAUAUCAUUUUAUGGUCAGAUAUGGACAACCACUGUGACAAAUUCUUUGGAAAUGAGAUGCAUGUACUUUUCUUAGCUUGUGUAUGGCAUUUAUUAAAAAUACAAACGUAGGUUUUACAGUCGUCAAAUCAACUAUGUGGAUAUUAACAAGCACACAUGGAAAAGCAUCAUGCUUGACUCAACAUUAGCAUAGAUGACAUAGUCUAGUUGUCGAAAAUGCCAUAUUUAUGACAAUACUGACGAUAUUUAGAACUUUACUUUUGUAAAAAUGUCCUCAGUAGUAUACAGUUUUGUGCUGGUCUUUAGAAA